GGGUAUUGUGCCUACAGCUCCCAGCGUGCAUCGCUCUGGUUGCCUCAGCGGGCCAAGAUGGCGGACAGGCGGCGGAGACGUGCUUCUCAAGACACCGACGAGGAGGACGAGGAAGCGCCCCGCAGGGAGGUGGAAGUCGUUCCCACCGUCCCUUGCAUCUUAGACUUGUCCGGGGUCCAGGCUCGCGGAGCGGAAUCGGAAUGUGAGAGCGAGGAUGGCAUAGAAGGUGAUGCUGUUGUACUUUCAGACUAUGAAAGUGCUGAAGAGAAUGGUUCUCAAAAAUCUGAAGAAAAUGGUGGAGAAUACAGUGAAGAGGAAACCCCAAAACUGGAAACAAAAAAAACAAGCAAUGAAGGGAAUGAUGAUGGAGCAGCAAAGGAAGUAAAGCCUGAAGAGAAAGGGGAGAUUACUGGAGAGAGACAGAGUGGAGAUGGACAGGAAAGCAUAGAACCUGUUGAAAAUAAAAUAGGUACAAAGAGCAGGCGGCAAUUGGACGAUGAUGAGGAUCGGAAAAACCCUGCCUAUAUUCCACGGAAGGGACUCUUCUUUGAACAUGAUCUCAGAGGACACACGGAACCUGAGGAAGUGAGGCCAAAGGUCCGACAGCGCAAGCUCUGGAAAGAUGAAGGUCGAUGGGUACAUGAUAAGUUCCAAGAAGAUGAACAAGCCCCGAAAUCCCGAGAUGAACUUAUUUCGAUGUAUGGUUAUGAUAUUCGAUCAGACAGAAACCCUGAUGAAAUCAGGCCGCGAAGGAUGAGGAAGCCAAGGUUUAGAAGUCCUCCAAAUCGAGACCCUGAUUGGAUGGAUGAACCGCCACCAAGGCCUUACUUACGCAAAACUACUAAUAGCAUACCUACUGCAAGAACUUUUAACCGAAGGAUGAGUGGACCAGAACGGAGAUCUCCAGCAAGGAACUACUCAAAAAAUGUUUGUUAUAACGAAGAUCGUGAGAAUAUGAGGCCGGUUGAAAUCUAUAGCUCAAGAAGUUACCACUCUUCGGGGGAACUGUCCAACGGUGAAAAUAAAAUGGACGGCAGAAACAUUGAGCAGAGUUACGCGAGAGAGAGUGUGAUUGUAACAGACGGUUUGCAGUCAGUGAAGAGUAAUGGUGUGGCAAGAGAAGAUGAUUCCAAACAAAAUCAGUCCCUCCCUGCUGAGAAUGUGCCACAGGUACAGGAAAAAACGAUAGAAAAGAAAUCCUAUUCCCGUAUCCGAAGGACCAGGAACAAAGUAAUCGAGGUGGAGAAACCACAGCCCGCGGAGGACACCCCUGUCCCAGGUUUGGUUGCUCCAGCUCAGCAGACACCUGAUCAACCUGUCUCCCCACCAGCAUCAAAGGCUGGCUCCUGGGACACCCCACCCGUAGACUCAGCUGUGACUGCGCUAGAACAAGAGAUGACCCAAAUUAGCUUAUCGGGGAAAAACUGGACUCCAAAUAGUCAACCGCAAUAUGUACACCCAAGAGAACUCCGAGGAAUUCCUAAUUCACCACACAUUAAUGCUUCAACUGCUCAAUAUAACAGAGUGGAAGAAAUGGGCAGCCAAGCAAGACGGGCAAAGCGUUACUCAUCUCAAAGACAACGGCCAGUACCCGAGGCACUCCCGCCACCACCACCUCCACCACCACCACCACCACCCCCUCCAGCACCUACACCAGCUCUAGGGCCGGGCCCAGCUCCUGGGCCUGCUCCCAUGCACAUUGGCCUCAUGGAAGGACACUAUUAUGAUACAUUACAAUUUCAAGGACCAAUUUAUACCCACAAUGAAAGCCCGGCCCCUCUGCCACCCCAGGGCCUGAUUGUCCAGCCAGAUAUGCACCUUCCUCAUCCAGUUCCAGGUUUUAAUCAUCACCAGUCACCUGGCCACCUAACCAACACUGGUCUUUAUGCUCCACAAGUCCCAUUGCCAACUGGUCAACCACCCCCACCCCAAGUGCUACCGCCUCCUUUCUUCACACCUGGAAUGAUGAACUAUGGAAAUCCCAGUUACCCGUACCCAACUGGAGGACUCCCACCUCACAUUUAUCCAACUACUCAGGCCCAGUCUCAGGUCUUUGGUGGAGUCACUUACUACAACACUGUUCAGCAACAGGCUCUGCCAAAGCCAUCACCUCCAAGACGACAAUCGCAGCCUGUUACUGUUAAACCUCCGCCACCCGAGGUACUUGAUACAUCCAUCAUCUGGUUUCCACGCAGCUUAGGGCAGCCAAAAUGAGAAGCUGAAAGAAAGGAAUGAAGCUUAACUACCAGGGAAGUCUGUCUAUGAAUUUAAACAGAAAUGAAUUUGUGUGGAUAAUCGGUCCUCUGUUCCUGUGUUGGACACCCUGCUGACUUGACGAUGCUACUAAUGUUGCUAAUAUUUGCAGCCGUCGUUUAAUUCUGGCUGCAGGACUUGCCAGCCGGUCUUUUAACAAUGCACAGCAACAAGCAGAAUUGACUCCACACGGUUUGUACUGUGCCACUUGACAAGUUGUGGUUGUUGAGCAGCUUUCCAUUACUGUGUGAAUGGUAACAUUGUGGAAAUCCAGCCGUCAAGGUUUGAUUUAAAAUUUUGAGUCCCAUGUGAUCAAGUGCAACUGAAGAGUUUCAAAAUAAAUAAAGCAAUAAACCCCCCCCCACGACCACUGAGCCUUCAUGUUGAGUGAGACCUGUUGUUUCCUCUGCAGCUUAGUUUGCUCUAGCCUUGUCUUUCCUCAGCUUUCAGUAUACAUUCAUUAAUAUUUAAUUCAAAAGUGUCUCAAGAUGACUACUUUUGCCUAGUGGACAAUCCCGUAUGCAAUAUGGAGACAAUAUAACGCCAUAUGUUAACUGGUGCCCUCUAUAUAGAGCGAGUGAACAGGAAUAUCAAAAUACAGUUUAGUUUUAAGCCUAGCAUUUAUUGCAGGCAGAGUAUUGGUUCAAAAAUUAUCUCCAUUGUUUCUCAAUUCAUUUUACUUAAAAAAUAAAAAUCCCUCAAGUCAAUUGUAAAUUCUACUUUACCAUAUCACACAUCUUGAUGGAAGUAGAGUACGUCGUAUGGCAGUUGCAUUCAACAAAAAGAGCAAUUAAAUCAAAAUUCUGCUGCCAGCCAUUGAAGUAAGGUUUUUUUAUAUUGCAUUAACUUCAGAAAUGAUAAAUUAUUCUCCUUGGAAACAAAACAAAGGAGGCAGGUGAAAGCUGGUGAAAUGCACUUAGCUUGUGCUGUUUAAGUUUGGGUUGUGUGUAAUACCACCAUGCACAGCUGAAGGAAGCAGGACUCAAGGAUGUUUUUUUACUCCUGUGGUGAUUAUAAUAUCAACUGAAAGUCCUAAUCCAAACUGUAAUACACUGUAUUAAGACGGAGAACAGACAAUCCAGUCAAGAUGUCUCUGUUCCAGAUGGUAGUCUUCAUCUUUUAUAAGAGCACUUUACUUGGGUACAUCCUUGACGUGUUGAUUUGUGGCAGUGUGACCAUUGAUACAAUAAAUAGAUA